AUGGCUGACAUUAACAAUGAGAAGGAAAACCCAACGCCUCUUCGAAUCGUAGAGUCCGACCGCGCAAGCAGUUCAAUGGCUGCUCCGGUGGAUCCUCCGAUUAGUGAAGGUGUUCCAGCAGCGAAGACGACGAUGGCACAACAAGAGAGAGAACAAGAGCAAAACGGUUCUGAAGACGAAAAGGAGGCCAGGCAGAAUUCAGGCCAGGAAGAGGAGUCCGGCGAGAGUGAGGAGGAGGAGGAGGAGGCCGCAGAGGAGGAGGCCGCCGAAGAAAAGGCUUGGAUGUAUGAGGCCAUCCUUGUCCUGGCUAAGGCAGUGGGGAGGAUUAGGGCUUUGGUUGUGAAACAGACAUUUUCUAGGAUGUUACGGUGGCACGACCAGAAGUGGGUUGUUCAUCCCUUCCUCACCGGUACUGAGGGUGAAGCGCAACAGCACUAUGUCACAUCUUUCCGAGCACUGGAGGAUCAAAGGGAUGAAGGGAUAGACCGCCUGACGCGAGACCUACAAGGGGUCACACAUGGAGAAAAGACGCCGGCGGCACAAGAACAAAGGGAAGAAUCGUCAAACGGUUCUGAAGACGAGAAGUCAGGCGAUAAUUCAGGCCAGGACGAGGAUUCUGGCGAGAAUUCAGGCCAGGACGAGGAUUCUGGCGAGAAUUCAGGGCAGGAGGAGUCUUCCGAGGAUUCAGACGACGAGGAGGAGGCCGGCGAGAACGAGCAGGCUGCCGAAGCAAGGGUACUUUCUGAACUAAUCUGCGUGAUUUCUGGCGAUACAGCCCACAUUUCCGAUCCAAACUACAAAAUUUCACACCAAAUUCAAUCCAAAACCAUGGCUGACACUCACAAUGAUGAGCACAACCCAAUGCCACUUCGAAUCCUAGAUUCCGGUGGCGCAAGUAGUUCAAUGGCUGGUCGACAGAGAGAGGAGAUGCUGGCGGCACUUGAACAGAUGGAAGAAUCGUCAAACGAUUCUGAAGAGUCGGAGUCAGGCGAUAAUUCAGGCCAAGAGGAGGAUUUCAGCGAGAAUUCAGGGCAAGAGGAUUCCGGCGAGGAUUCCAAAGCAAGGAUUGUGCAGACCGUAAACAUCACAAAGUACAAGUUGGACCUUACAAGCGAUAAGGGACUCGUCCAUCCCUUUCUCACCGCUAUUAGGGCUGAAGCGGAAGAGGACUAUGUCAAAUCUUUCAACGCACUAGAGGAUUAUAUACGAGGGGAUCAGCCUAAAUAUGGCCACAGUUGA